GCAUGCGCUGUUGAAUAUUUUCGACGCUUACUAAUUCGUAAUCAUGUUCCACCGUUACAUAUCGCAGAUUCACUUAUUAAAGGUCUUAUUGGAUGCUUACGAGUGAAUUAUGCUAGUAUUCAAAGAGAUGCAGCUUGGGCACUUACUAAUUGCGCCUGCUCACCGCAUGAAAUAUGCUAUAAAAUAAUUGAAUAUGGUGGCUUAGAAGCAUUGGUUGAAUGUGCUGCAUUAACAGAUGGUGAAACUCGAGAUCAGGUUUUUUGGACACUUGGUAAUAUUGCAUUGGAUUGUCCAAUAUGUCAUGAAAAGGUAGUGAA